AAAACAGAGCCCUUGAACAGCAGUGAAACCACAACCACAACUGGAGAUGGAGCGCUUGACACUUUUACUGGGUCAGUAAUAACAAGCAGUGGCUACAGUCCCAGAUCAGCACACCAGUACACCCCGCAGCUAUACCCUUCCAAUAAUGCUAUUUUUCUGAUAUUUAGGCCCUAUCCACACAUUCUUUCUACACCAGCAGCUCAAACAAUGUCCGCCUACGCAGGCCAGACUCAGUAUUCGGGAAUGCAGCAGCCCGCCGUCUACACGGCCUACUCACAGACAGGACAGCCCUACAGCCUGCCGACUUACGGUAUUUUAUGGCCAGGCAUCAAGACAGAGAGUGGACUCUCCCAAACCCAGUCCCCCUUGCAGAGCGGGUGCCUCAGUUACAGCCCGGGCUUUUCCACCCCACAGCCAGGCCAGACACCUUACUCUUACCAGAUGCCAGGUUCUGGCUUUGCUCCAUCCUCUACUAUUUAUGCUAAUAAUUCCGUUUCCAAUUCAACAAAUUUCAGUGGUUCACAGCAGGAUUACCCGUCCUACACAGCCUUUGGCCAAAACCAGUAUGCACAGUAUUACUCAGCAUCAACGUAUGGGGCGUAUAUGACAUCAAAUAAUACAGCUGAUGGGACGUCAUCCUCCACCUCUACCUAUCAGUUACAGGAAUCUCUCUCGGGACUGACUAGCCAACCAGGUACAGAUCUUCAUCCAGAGUUUGAUACAGUGCAGAGUCCCUCCACACCCAUCAAAGACCUUGAUGAUAGAGCCUGUCGGAGUUCUGGGUCAAAGUCCCGAGGACGAGGCCGGAAAAACAACCCCUCACCACCACCCGACAGUGACCUGGAGCGUGUGUUUGUCUGGGACCUGGAUGAAACCAUCAUUGUUUUUCACUCACUUCUCACAGGGUCUUAUGCACAAAAGUAUGGCAAGGAUCCUCCUAUGGCUGUAACUCUGGGACUUCGGAUGGAGGAAAUGAUUUUUAAUCUUGCUGAUACACACUUAUUUUUUAAUGACUUAGAGGAGUGUGAUCAAGUUCAUAUAGAUGAUGUUUCCUCCGAUGAUAAUGGACAGGACUUAAGUACCUACAGUUUUGCAACUGAUGGCUUCCAUGCAGCUGCAAGUAGUGCAAACCUUUGUUUGCCAACAGGUGUAAGAGGAGGGGUUGACUGGAUGAGGAAGUUGGCUUUUCGUUACAGAAGAGUAAAAGAAUUAUAUAACACCUACAAGAACAACGUUGGAGGUCUCCUUGGCCCCGCCAAGAGAGAUGCAUGGCUGCAGUUAAGGGCAGAGAUUGAAGGGCUCACAGACUCCUGGCUAACAAAUGCACUGAAGUCUUUAUCCAUUAUUAGUACGAGGAGUAACUGUGUAAAUGUGUUGGUAACAACAACUCAGCUGAUCCCUGCACUUGCAAAGGUUCUCCUCUAUAGCUUGGGAGGCGCUUUCCCCAUCGAGAAUAUUUACAGUGCAACAAAAAUAGGAAAAGAAAGUUGCUUUGAACGAAUAAUGCAAAGGUUUGGCAGAAAAGUAGUGUAUGUUGUAAUUGGGGAUGGUGUAGAAGAAGAACAGGCAGCAAAAAAGCACAACAUGCCCUUUUGGAGGAUAUCAAGUCACUCUGACCUCUUGGCCCUACAUCAGGCACUGGAAUUAGAGUAUUUGUAA